UCAAAUUAUUUGGUGCUGCUCCAAUGACUACGACAGUAAGUCACCGCGUGCACAGUGCACUAGUCAAAACAGGGUCGACCUUUUGAUUAUUUUACGCACAGUCGUCAACCUGUACUGCUGUACAGUACCCUCAAAACAAUUCCAAACCCUCAAACAAGAUUUCCAUCCUAUUAUAGUUCUGGGGUUUCCAUAAUUCUGAUGUUGAUGUUGUUUCUACAAAUAAAGCUUUCACCCAUUUGUUUUGUUCUUUUAUGGAGUUGUUUCUGUUUUAUGGUAGAAUCACAAUGCAAUAGAGGGUGUCCUUUAGCUUUAGCUUCAUAUUAUGUAUGGAAUGAGGCAAAUCUUACAUUCAUAGCCCAAGUUUUGGGAACUACUGAAGAUGAAAUCUUGAGUUUUAAUCCAAGUAUUCCUGACCACGAUAGACUUCAAUCUUUUACCAGAAUUAAUGUUCCAUUCACCUGUAAUUGCCUUAAUGAUGGGCAAUUAUUGGGUCACAUGUUCCAGUAUGAGAUUAUACAGGGUGAUACUUAUGAUAUUGUUGCUAACACUUACUAUGCUGGGCUUACUACUGCAAGAUGGAUUGAGAAUUUUAAUAAUUUUCCUGUAAAUAGUAUACCUUUGGGUUCCCUUGUUAAUGUUGCUGUGAAUUGCUCUUGUGGGACUAGUAGUAUUGAUAGUAAUUAUGGGCUGUUCUUGACUUACCCACUUCGUCCUGGAGAUAGUUUGUCCUCUGUUGCACGGUACUCGAAUUCGACCUCGAGUUUGUUGAAGAGGUACAACCCAAAUGUGAAUUUUAGUGCUGGAACUGGAAUUGUGUUUAUUCCUGCUCAAGACAGAACUGGAAAAUAUCCUCCUAUUCCCUCAAGCUCAGCAGGACUUUCCAGUGGAAUCAUUGCUGGUAUCUCUGUGGCAGUGAUAGGCGUGAUUUUGCUGGCAAUAUUCUUCUUUGUGCUUAUGAGAAGAAAGAAAAUGAAGAAGGCUUCACUACUUCUUGAUAAGCUGUCAGCGGUCUUUCAUGGAAAGUCCCAGAAAACUGCAAGUUCCUUGGAUGCUGGAAACAUGGGUGUGACUGUUGACAAAUCAGUUGAGUUCUCCUAUGAAGAGCUCGCGCAAGCAACAGAUAACUUCAACAUGGCUAACAUGAUUGGUUCCGGUGGUUUUGGGCACGUUUACUAUGCAGAGCUGAGAGGAGAGAAAGCUGCUGUCAAGAAGAUGGACAUGAUGGCAUCUAAAGAAUUUCUUGCUGAGUUAAAGGUUUUGACCCGUGUUUAUCACUUGAAUCUGGUUCACUUGAUUGGAUACUGUGUUGAGCAGUGUCUUUUCCUGGUGUACGAAUUUAUAGAAAAUGGAAAUUUAAGCCAACAUUUGCGUGGGUCUGGAAAAGACCCACUAUCCUGGAUUACUCGAGUGCAAAUUGCCCUUGAUUCAGCAAGGGGUCUUGAGUACAUUCAUGAGCAUACAAUCCCCGUGUACAUUCAUCGUGACAUCAAAUCUGCCAAUAUACUUAUAGACAAGAGCUUCCAUGCAAAGGUUGCAGAUUUUGGGUUGACCAAGCUGACUGAAGUUGGAAAUCACUCUGCUCCAACACGUCUGGCGGGUACAUUUGGAUACAUGCCUCCAGAGUAUGCCCGGUAUGGUGAGGUGACUCCAAAAGUAGAUGUUUAUGCAUUUGGAGUUGUCCUUUAUGAGCUCAUAUCAGCUAGGGCAGCUGUAGCGAAGCAAAAUGUCUCAGAUCCAGAUUCGAAGGGCCUAGUUGCUAUUUUUGAGCCUGUUCUCAAUAAGCAUGAUCAAAAUGAGAUGCAGAAACUGGUGGACCCUCGGUUGGGGGAUGACUAUCCUCUCGACUCCGUUUAUAAGUUGGCGCAACUUGCAUAUGCAUGCACUCAUGAGAAUCCUCAUCUAAGGCCGAGUAUGAGAUCUGUUGUGGUUGCUCUGAUGACUUUAUCGUCCACAAAAGGUGAGGGGGGACCGGGGACACAGUGCCUUCUUUGAAAAUGACAGUGCUAAGCUACUCUCUGCAAAUUAACAGAAGUUUUUGCAAGAAAUGACGAGAAGUAACACGUUGAUAUGUUGUUUGUCCUAUUGCUUUUGCCAUUUCAAUUCUUGUAGUCUGUAUAUUUGUUUUUUUUUUGGGUGCGGUGUAUGUAUAUUUGUAGGCCUGUUUGGCGAAACUAACGGCGCUAGUAGUUGUUAACUAUUAUAGUAGUUGCAGUUAUUGGGGGUAUCUGCUUGUUGUCUACUAGUAGCUGUGAGCAAUUUGCGUUUAAAAUAGUUGUUUAAUUAUAAGUAUUUGGCUAGAGUAGUUGUUGAAAUUGUGAAAAACAGUAAAUGGCAUUUAAUCAAUUAUGAGUGAACUAAAACAAUUUCAUCAGUUA